AUGUCGGUCGCAAACAGAAACCCUUUCGCCAUUCUUGGUGACGACGGCGAGGACGUCGCCGCCCCCAAGGCUGCCCCCAAGGCCGCCGCCCCCGCUGCUGCUGCCCAGCCUCAGCGCAACAUCCCCGGUGCCGGCAACCAGCGCCGUGGCCCCGCCAAGAACAGCGCUCCCCGCGCUCCCGCCGCUGACGCCGCCGAGGGCGAGCAGCAGAAGGACGCCCGUAGCGGCCGUGCCCGCAACGGCGAGAGCCGUGGCCGUGGUGGCCGUGGUGGCCGCGGCCGUGGCGCGCCCCGAGGCCGUGCCUUCGACCGUCACUCGCAGACCGACCGUGUCGACUCGCAGAAGCAGGUCGCCCAGGGCUGGGGUGGCGAGGACGGCGAGAAGGAGCUCGACGCCGAGCAGAAGGCCGAGGCCGACGCCAAGGCUGAGGGCGCCGACGCCGCUGCCGCUGCUCCCGCCGCCGAGGCCGAGAAGGUGCCCGAGGAGGAGGAGGACAAGACCAUGACCCUCGACCAGUACCUGGCUGCCCAGGCCGGCAAGAAGCUCAACAUCGAGUCCAAGGCUCCCCGUGAGGUUGCCAGCGACGAGUCUGCCUGGUCCAAGCUGACCAAGCACCAGAAGGAGGAGGCCGACUACUUUGCGUCGACCAAGACGCAGAAGGCCAAGACCCGCACCCAGAAGGAGGGCAAGCAGGUGCUCGAGAUUGAGCAGACCUUCAACCAGCCCGCCGUUCAGCGCGGUGGCCGUGGUGGUGGCCGUGGCGGCAGCCGCGGUGCCCCCCGUGGCGAGCGUGGUGCUCCCCGUGGCCGUGGCGGCCGUGGUGGCCGUGGCAACAACGCCUCGGUGAACCUGGCCGACAAGAACGCCUUCCCCUCGCUCGCCUAA